CCAAAAGACUUAUAUUACUCCCUCAAGGAUUUUCUCAAAUCAUUUCUCUCUUUCGCCCAUCCCACACGAAUGUCGACAGGGCCUAUUAUUUAGCACGACAAACGUGUUAAAUAGGUUCAACCAUCACUUUCCUUCUAUCCAGCCAUCGCCAAUGGCCUAUUAAACAACACAUAUCUUCUGCAGUUGUCAAAAAGAAAAGGCUCUGAUAGCUCAGAAGAAGGGAGACAAGGGCAUAGCUUGCUGGUUCGACGAGAGAUGGCAUCAGGAGCAGAUAGCAAAGAUAUUGUUUCACCAUUGUUAGAGUCUAGGAGACGUGAAGAAAAUGAUAGAGAGAACUGGUGCAAGAAAGUAUUGGAUGUGGAAGAGGCAAAGAAUCAGAUAUUGUUUGCUUUUCCAAUGAUCUUAACUAAUGCUUUCUAUUAUUUGAUAACCCUUAUCUCUGUUAUGUUUGCUGGUCACUUGGGGGAGCUUGAACUUGCUGGUUCUACCCUUGCCAAUUCAUGGUGUGCUGUAACCUGCAUAGCUUUCUUGGCAGGACUGAGUGGAGCACUUGAGACACUUUGUGGUCAAGGAUUUGGUGCAAAACUAUACAGGACGUUAGGAAUUUAUCUACAAGCAUCCUGUAUCAUAUCUGUUCUGUUCUCUAUUAUCAUAUCCGUCAUCUGGAUUUAUACAGAGCCUAUAUUCAUCUUCCUUCAACAAGAUCCUCAAAUUGCAAAACUUGCUGCUCUUUACUUGAAGUACCUUAUUCCCGGAAUAUUUGCAUAUGCCUUCCUGCAUAACAUCUUGAGAUUUCUUCAGACACAAUCUGUUGUUAUGCCCCUUAUCGCAUUGUCCGGAAUCCCAACUUGCUUACAUAUUGGUCUUACUUAUGCAUUGGUGAAUUGGACAGAUCUUGGUUACAAAGGAGCUGCAUUAUCUGCUUCUAUUUCGCUAUGGAUUUCGGCCAUUGUGUUGAUUGUAUAUGUGAUUUUUGAAAAGAAAUUUGAGCAUACGUGGGAGGGCUUUUCAUUUGAAUCAUUUCAAUACAUCCUGACAACCUUGAAGCUUGCCCUGCCCUCUGCGGCAAUGGUAUGUUUGGAGUACUGGGCUUUCGAGAUAUUGGUGUUAUUAGCAGGAAUGAUGCCCAAUGCCGAAGUAACUACGUCGUUGAUUGCUAUGUGUGUCAACACAGAAGCUGUUGCUUAUAUGUGUACCUACGGUCUUAGUGCUGUCGCCAGCACAAGGGUGUCCAAUGAAUUGGGAGCUGACAAUCCAGGCCGAGCAAAAAGUUCCAUGCUUGUUACUCUGAAGCUGUCUAUUUUUCUUGCUCUGGUGAUUGUUUUGGCUCUACUAUUUGGCCAUAACCUCUGGGCUGGCUUAUUCAGCAACAGCUCAUCAAUUAUAGAGGCUUUUGCCUCAGUGACUCCUCUGCUUGCAGUCUCGAUCACACUCGACGCUGUUCAAGGGAUUUUAUCAGGAGUGGCCAGAGGAUGUGGUUGGCAGCACUUGGCUGUGUAUGCUAACUUGGCAACAUUCUACUUUAUUGGGAUGCCAAUUGCAGCCCUCCUUGGGUUUAAGUUCAAGCUUUAUGCCAAGGGAUUAUGGAUAGGUCUUAUAUGUGGUCUCUUCUGCCAAGCCUUCACCCUCUUGUUGAUCUCCCUACGCAUCAAGUGGACUAAAAUAGCUCUAUCAGGAGCUAGAGAAAAAGAAAAUUCAAACUUCGCUUAGCUGAAUGUCUGACUGCUCAAAAAGAAGGGGCAGUAGGGAUGACUGUUUUAGGCCAUUGCACCCUUCUGCCAAUUUUGUGGUAUUGAGUCUACUUUCGGGUCAGAAAGAAAAUUACAUGAAUUUGUUUCUGUUCUUGUUGUUGCCGAAUGUUUUCUGUUUGCGUGAAGUGCUGAACUAAUAUGAUUAAAAUUAAAUGCUACUUACCACUUGUACUUGUGAGCAA